AUGUCUGCGGGAGCCAGUCUGCAGCACACGGACCAGUUCCUGUGUCCCAUCUGCCUGGACGUGCUGAACGACCCGGUCAGCACGCCGUGUGGACACAACUUCUGCAGCGGCUGCAUCACCCGGAACUGGAACUUCAGCGACCGCUACAGCUGCCCCAUGUGCAAGGAGAAGUUCGACGCCAGGCCGCAGCUGCGGGUCAACACCUUCAUCCGGGAGGUGGUCCGGGACUUCCGGCGCCAGUUCCAGGAGACGCGGGCGGCCGGGCCGGGCCAGGCCGCCUGCGACGUGUGCCCCGGACCCAAGCUGAGGGCCCUGAAGACCUGCCUGGACUGCCUAGCGUCCUACUGCCAGGUCCACCUGGAGCCGCACCUGACGGCCCCGCGGCUCAAGCUCCACCACCUGAUUGAGCCGGUGCUGAACGUGGAGGACCGGGUCUGCCACAAGCACAACAAGCCCCUGGAGCUGUUCUGCCGCACGGACCAGGCCUGCGUCUGCUCCCACUGCCCCGUCUUCGACCACAAGGGCCACGCCUUCGCCUCGCUGACGGAGGAGUCCGCGGAGAAGAAGGUGACGUUGGGGGAAACCAACGCUCACCUCCAGGAGAUGAUCCAACUGAGACAACAGAAGAUCCAGGAGAUCGCGGGGUCGCUCUGGACCGGCAACGACAACGCGGACAGAGAGAAGGCGGAGGGCGUCCAGGUCUUCACCACUCUCAAGACGUUUGCGGAGAGAGAACUGGCGCAGCUGAACGAGGAGACGGACGGGAAGCAGCGGGCGCUGAAGACCCGGGCCGACGGCCACGUCGGACAUCUGAACAAGGAGAUAUCCAAGCUGACGAGGAGAAGCUCGGAGAUAGAGCAGCUCAUGAGCUCUGACGACCACCACACUGUUCUCCGGAGGUUCCCCUCCCUGAAGGAGGCCCCCCGCACCAAGGACCUGGCCCGGGUCGGGGUCCAGCCGCCCUCCUACGAGGGCACGGCGGUGCGGGCCAUGAUGAGAGCUCUGGAAUACCUGCAGAAGGAGCUGAAGGACCGGAUGCAGGCGCUGGUUCAGGCCGAGCUGGGGAGGGUCCGCCAGUGCGCGGUGGACUUGACCCUCGACCCCUACACGGCGCAUCCGUGGCUCGUCCUGACGGACGACGAAAAGCAGGUCCACUGCGGGAACGUGGGGCCCAAGUGCCCGGAGAACCCGGGGAGGUUCUCCAAGUGCGCGUGCGUGCUAGCGCGGCAGAGCUUCUCCUCCGGCAGGUUUUACUUCGAGGUUGGAGUGGAGGGGAAGACGGAGUGGGAUGUGGGCGUGGCCAGGGCCUCGGCCGACAGGAAGGGGGACGUGAAGCUGAGGCCGCAGUUCGGCUACUGGGUCCUGAGGCUGAGGAACGUGUACGACUGCAAGGCCCUGGCCGACGAGCCCGUCUCCCUCUCCGUCUGGCCCGUCCCUCGGAAGGUGGGGGUGUUCGUGGACUACGAGGAGGGGCUGGUCUCCUUCUACGACGUGGGGGCGCCACUUCUUCUCUACUCCUUCACUGGGUGCAGCUUCAACAGCAAAAUCCACCCGUUCUUCUUCUGUGGCCUCAAUGAGGGCGGUUCGAACUCUGCACCUCUGGUCAUCUGUCCCGUCAGCUGA